AAGCUGCUGUUGUCAGUCAGAGGGUCCCACAGCAGGCUGAGAGGAGUCUGCACCGCCAUCCGCACACCGGCCUGCGGGACGCUCUCUCCGCCCGGGAUGGAGAAAGACGAAGCGGACCCAUCCCGCCAGAGGAACGGGUUGGUGGGCGUGCUGUACGGGGAGUUCACAGACCCGCUCGACGAAAAGGUCCGGUACUCGGUGAGCCUGACGGAGAGCGUCCUCACCGUGCAGAGGAUCUGCUCCUCACCCGGUCGGACUAAGGUGCUGUUUAACUUGACAGACUGUGUCGGCUGCCGGGCGUACAGAGGGCCAGACAGCGCGGACGUCGGCGCCUACUUUACAGUCUAUUUCUACCCGUUCAAGAGGCGCUGGAUGAGCGCCGGAGUGGCCCGGCAGAGAGUGGAGCAGGGCUUUCGGGUGGCGCUGGUCCAGGACCCGCUCGCUAACCUCCAGGAGGCAGAGAGGUGGGCUCGGGCCAUCAGAGAUGCCUCGGUGCUGCAGGCUCCCCGGAGAGAAGGUGUGGUGUAUGCAGAGAUGCGCCGGCCAUGCAGAAUCAUGAUUCUGGUGAAUCCUCACAGUGGCCGUGGCCAGGCUCUGCAGCUUUUCACCGGCCAUGUACAGGGCAUGCUUACUGAAGCCGCUGUUCCCUACACCCUCGUCAUCACAGAGCACCAGAACCAUGCACGGGAGCUGGUGAGGAAGGCCGACCUGUCACAAUGUGACGCUCUGGUUAUCAUGUCUGGAGACGGGCUGCUGUUUGAGGUGAUAAAUGGCCUGAUGGAGCGGGAGGACUGGCAGGAGGCCAUCCAGACCCCUCUGGGUAUUCUGCCAGGUGGCUCCGGUAACGCCCUGGCAGCCUCUGUCCACCACUACUCGCAGUCGCCUCCAGCUUGGAACGAGGAGCUUCUGCUGAGCUGUGGCUUCAUGCUGUGCAAAGGUCUGGUUAGCUCCAUGGACCUGGUAUCGAUCCACCUGGCCUCUAGACAGCGCCUCUUCUCCUUCCUGUCCCUGGCCUGGGGCUUCGUGGCCGACGUCGACAUCGAGAGCGAGAAGUACCGCCACGUUGGAGCCAUUCGCUUCCUAAUGGGCACCCUGGUGCGUCUGGCCUCCCUCAGAGUCUACCAGGGCAGGUUGGCGUAUCUUCCUGUUAAGGAGGCGCCAAAACUUCCAAAAGGGAGCAUUAAGACUAACCAGCCUCCCUCCACCCCUCAGCAUCCGUCCCUCUGCUCCUCCCUCCCCUGCCGACUCAUCCCAAACACCUCUCCGAACCGUAACGCUCGACACAAUCAAAACAGCACAAAUUCCAACCACAACACCAUCACCAACUCCUCCAACAACGCUAUCACCACCAAGAGACCGGAGACGCAGAGCGAUGGCAAGACUAGAGCCCAGGAGGACUCCCUGCUCCCGGGGCUCGAUCAGCCGGUCCCAGAGAGCUGGACAGUCGUCAAGGAGGAGGACUUUGUCUUGGUGCUGGCUAUUUACCAGUCCCACCUGGCUGAGGAUCUGUGGACAGCGCCGGGUGCGAUGGCGGACGACGGGGUGAUUCAUCUCUUCUAUGUGACAGCAGGAAUCUCCCGUCCUGCCCUCUUGCGGCUUUUCCUUGCCAUGGAGAAGGGCGGCCACUUGGCAUGCGACUGCCCCCACCUGGUGUACGAGAAGGUGAAGGCCCUGCGGCUGGAGCCUGUCUCGCCACAGGGCAUGAUCACUGUGGACGGGGAGAUGGUAGAGUACGGGCCAGUCCAGGCUCAAAUCCACCCAGGACUGGCCAGACUCAUUUGUGGAUGAACUGGGAUUAUCUUGAUCUUUUUCAGCCUGUAGAGCUUUCUAGUUUGGCCUUUUAUACUCAGUGUCAAUUCCUCUCUGUAUGCUGUGUUUUCAGAAGUGCCAAAGACAUUUUAUCAGCCUCUGGAAAUUUCUCUAUUUUUCUACAGAAGCAACUCGUCCUAUUUUUAUGAACCCCCUCCCGUCCCCUCUUUCUGGCAAUGUUUGAUUCAGGGUUAAAGCCAUGGAUGGUUGUUCUCGCUGCUGGCUGGUCCCAGCUUAGACAAACAGAGAGCGAUUGUAUGUGUGUUCAUAACCCACAGAGAUCUUUAUGUGUGUUUGUGUGUGUGUGUGUGUGUGUGUGUGUGUGUGUGUGUGUGUGUGUGUGUGUGUGUGUGUGUGUGUGUGUGUGUGUGUGUGUGUGUGUGUGUGUGUGUGUGUGUGUGUGUGUGUGUGUGUGUGUGUG